AUGGCAAUUGAGAAUGUGUUAAUUGGAGGGGAUGGAGGUAUCACCGCCGUCUGUUGCACAAGCGACCUCACACUCCAGGCUAUAAACAACUUCCUCGAACAAGUGAAGCGCCAAGAUGACAAGGAACGACUCCCCCACACCCUGACCUUGAUUCUAGAUCUUGAAAUGACCUAUAGCGGCGCCACCGCAGAACUCCGAGGAGAAGAUCCAAGUACUGUAAUUCGAGGGCCGUUUUUCGAAAUGGAGUAUGCUCGCAUUCAAGAGGUGCUCAAAGAGAUGAUCGAGCACACGGGAUCUGAUCGAUUAGAGAGCGACUGGUUUCUCGUGCUGGAUGAGCGCUCUGAGGACACGCAGUCUGCUGUCAUGGUUAAUGUUGGAGACUUGGGAGUGAGGUCGCUGCGUGUUGAUUACCCUGUAUCAGCGCGAUACUUGGCUGCUGCGGCUAUGGCUAAUCCACCGCUCGACGAGCUAGCAGAGACGGUAGACAAGGGAGGAAUCUUACGGGAUUGA